GAGUGAUCCUUCAACGUCCCAUGCAUCCACCACGAGCCACUGUUUGGUGCGCAUUUUGGGCUGGCGGAGUGAUUGGACCGUUCUUCUUCGAAAAUGCGGCUGGCAAUGCAAUCACCGUCAACGGCGAUCGUUACCGUAAGAUGAUUAACAACUUCUUCUGGCCUCAAAUUGCUGCAACGGAUCUCGCAAACAUGUGAUUUCAACAGGACGGUGCACCCUGUCACACAGCGAACGAAACAAUGGAAUUGUUAAACACUAAAUUUGAAGGGAGAGUUAUCUCGCGCCGCGGCGAUGUGAUGUGGCCACCACGAUCAUGUGAUUUAACGCCGUUGGAUUUCUUGCUUUGGGGUUUUUUAAAAGGAAAGGUGUAUACCAAAAACCCAAGAACAAUUCCUGAACUGAAAGACGAGAUUCGACGCGCCAUUGAUGAAAUUGAACCGGCACUAUGCCAAAAUGUCAUCGAAAGUUUCGUCAAAAGGAUCAACGAGUGCCAUCAGUCACGAGGCGGCCAUUUGUCGGAUAUUGUGUUCCAAACGUAACCUCCAUGUCUACACUCUU